AUGUCUCCUUCGGUACUUCUACCUUAUAUUUAUGGAUUAGAUUUAUCAAAAAAUGAGUUUGGAAAUAAACAACAAUUUCCAGUCUCAUUACAAGAAAUGUGUAAUUUACGUUGGCUAGAAUUAAAUCGAACAAAUGUUAGCCGGCUACCAGAAUUUGUUGGCAAAUUAAAAUCGCUCGAAAGAUUAAGUUUAGCACAUAACAAUUUACCUGAUGUACCGUUCUGUUUAAAUGAUGUAACAUCAUUACGUUCAUUAUCAUUGCGAGAUAAUCAUGUAUCAAAUAGUCAAAUAUCAGCACGUUUAUUUGAUAUUCCUGAUUUGUCAAUACUGGAUAUAAGUCAUAAUAAUUUACAAGCAUUUCCCAAAGAUAUUGAAAAUGCUAAAGGUCUCAUUGUACUUAACCUUUCUCACAAUGAGAUUGAACAAAUCCCCAAUCAUGUAUUUCUAUCACUAUUUGAAUUAGUUCAUCUUAAUCUGAGUAACAAUAAAAUUGACACAUUACCACCACAAAUGCGUCGUUUAACAUCAUUACAAGUAUUAAUAUUAAAUAAUAAUCCACUUAUUCAUGCUCAAUUAAGACAGUUGUCAUCGAUGCAUUCACUAGAAACAUUACACUUAAGUAAUACUAAACGAACAUUAAAUAAUGUUCCAGCUAUACUUGAACAGUUACCACAUCUUUCUGAUCUUGAUUUGUCUGCAAAUGAUCUUCCUGCUGUACCAGAUGUUGUAUAUAAAUUAAAAGCACUGAAACGUUUGAAUUUAAAUGAUAAUCAAAUAACUGAAUUAACGAGUCAAUCAGACUCUUGGCCUCAACUUGAAAUUCUACAAUUAUGUCGAAACAAAUUAAGAAAUCUUCCUCAACAAUUAAUGCGUUGUACGAAACUACGACGUCUCUAUUUGAAUACAAAUCAAAUUAGUUUAUAUGGUUUACCAAGAGGCAUAUUUAAUCUUGAAAAACUUGAAGUAUUUAGCGCCGCGGAUAAUAAUCUAGAAACAAUACCUGAUGCACUUUGUCGACUGGGAAGCUUGAAAGUAUUAAACUUAAACAGAAAUAAAUUAUUAACUUUACCGGAAGCAAUUCAUUUUCUUCAAUUAAAAGAGCUUGAUGUUAGUGAUAAUCCUGAUUUUAUUAUGCCACCUAAACCAAAAGAAUGUCAAAAAGGUUCUGGUCCAGCUUUUUACAAUAUUGAUUUUUCGCUGGCUAAUCAAUUAAAAUUAGCUGGUCAAGUUGCACCAGAACAACCACCUGCUACUACAGAUAUUCAACAGAAACGUGCAGCACGUAUUCGUCGUUUGAAUAAACCUGAACAACGAAAUCAAACAGGUAGUGGCGGUUCGUCGGAGACGGUUUUACGUGGCAUGCGUGAAACAGCUAAACGAAAAAAUGCAUCAGACUCAAAUACGGGUAUUAAUGGACAUUAUAAUGAUAAUGAAGAAAUAGCUGGUCGUCGUUGGGAUGAACAAAUUGAACGGCCACAAUUAAAUUAUAGUGAAUUUUUCGAUGGUGGCAUCGGUCAUGUUGCUGGGAUAACAAGUUGGGAAAUAGAAAAUUUUCUACCGAAACAAUUAGAACAUCAAUUAAAUGGAAUAUUUUAUACAGGUGAUUGUUAUAUUAUAUUGAAUACAAUGAUUGAAUUGUCGGGCAAUACAGAUUGGAAUAUUUAUUUUUGGAUUGGAAAAGACGCAACAUUGGAUAAACAAGCAUGUGCAGCUAUGCAUGCUGUUAAUUUGCGUAAUAUGCUUGGUGCAUCAUGUCGUACACAACGAGAAGAACAAGGCGAUGAAACGGAAGAAUUUUUAGCUUUAUUUAAUAGUCAUCUACGUAUUAUUGAUGGUGCUAGAACGGAAACAGGAUUUUGGGUUGUGCGAGAUGUUGAACAUCCAACACAUUUUUAUCGUGCGAGUGGCACUCAAAAACUUCAUGUUGAACUUGUUCCAACCGGUGCAACAUCUCUUGAUUCUCGUUAUGUAUUUUUUCUCGAUGUUGGACCACGACUUUAUAUCUGGAACGGAAAAAAAUGUAAUAGUAUGACAAGAGCAAAAACAAGAUUAUUUGUAGAGAAAUUAAAUAAAAGCGAACGGAAAGGUCUUAGUGAACUGAUACAAAUCAAUCAAGGAGACGAAACCGAUAAAUUUUGGAACGAAUUAGGUGGUAAACCAAAUAAUUUUCAACUGGUUAAUCAUGUACCGGAUAAUUUUAAUCCAGCAAAAUCUAUUCUUUAUAAAGUUGAUCUUGGACAAGAAUUUAUUGAAUUACCUCAAGUUGAACUUGAACCAGGUGGUGUUCUUAAGAAAGAAUUACUUCAUACAAGAAAUAUUUAUAUUCUUGAUUGUUAUACUGAAUUAUUUGUUUGGAUUGGUAAAAAAUCAGCGCGACUUGUUCGAAUGGCAGCAACACGUUUGGCAGUUGAACUAUUGUCGAUGAUUCAACGGCCAGAACAUUCAGUCAUUACAAAAACACUUGAAGGAGCGGAAACUCAAGUAUUUAAAUCGAAAUUCGAUGCUUGGGAUGAUGUGUUAGCUGUAGAUUUUACUCGUACAGCUGAAAAUGUAUCGAAAAAAGGUGCCAAUAUGAAGAUCUCGAUGACAUUUAAAAUUCUUCAAGAAAAUGAAAUGAAGACAAAUCUCACAGCAUUAUUCAAAAAUCGUCCACAAUGGCAAACACGUGAAGCAGCUCGUGAAGCACUUGAAGAUUGGAAUAUAUUUUUACUUCAACCAUUUUCAAUGUUCGUUUAUGAAAAUAAAAAGUUUGUUAAAUUACCAGAUGACGAGCGAGGACAAUUUUAUUCGCACGAUUCAUAUCUAUUUGUUGCUCGUUAUUUAUUACCAAGUGAAGAUGAAAGUAUGGAUAAUAGUGAACUUGAAGAUGAAAUCAAAGAUUCGGAUACAGAACGUAUCGUUUAUUUUUGGCAAGGCAGAAGUGCAAAUAAUACAGCUUGGUUAUCAUUUAAUUUUACUUUUAAACAAGAAUUAAUUGAUGUACUCGGAGAUUUUGAAAUCAUACAAUUGAUACAACAACAAGAAAAUCAACGAUUUAUGGCACAUUUCAAUCGAAAAUUUGUUAUACACAACGGAAAACGUCGUACAGCUGCGGAACGUUUGCAAAUGCCUGUACAACGAUUAACACAAACAGAAAUGUAUCAUAUACGAUGGUGCUAUUCGACGAUUAUGACGCGUUGUAUACAAAUCGAAGCUACAGCAGCAAAUUUAUGUUCGGAAUUUUGUUAUAUUGUUACUGUACCACUUGAUUCGGGUGAUAUUAUUGGAAUUGUUUAUGUCUGGAUUGGAAACUCUGUUCAUCCUGAUGAUGCUUUACUUGCACAAGAAAUUGCCAAUGAAAUGUAUAAUGAUCUAUAUACGAUACAAGUAAUCAACGAAGGCAAUGAACCUGAAAAUUUCUUUUGGGUUGGUUUAGGUGAUCGAUUACCCUAUGAUCUCAAAGCGGAUCAUAUGCGAUUUAUGCGUUUAUUUAAAUGUUCGAAUGAUAAUGGAUUUUUUGUUGUUACUGAAAAAUAUGCAGACUUUUGUCAAGAUGACUUACUUGAUGACGACUGUAUGUUACUUGAUACUGGAACAUUUGUAUUCCUAUGGAAAGGACCAACAGCUAGUAUUAUUGAAGUAAAAUUUGCAGCAAAAAGUGCUGAGCUUUACAUUCAACAUUUACGUACACGCGAACCUGAUCGACCACGUAAAUUACGUUUAACUGUAAAAAACUCUGAGCCAAUUGAAUUUCGUAAAUGUUUUCAUGCAUGGUCAAAACAUAAAAAUCCACCUCGUGAACUUGAAAAACAAAACGCUUUUUCACUUAGUCAACAACAACAACAAAAACAAGCACCAAAAAAGCCUCACCCAACGAACAUUUUUAUUUAA